AUGAAGAAGCUAUGCCGGUUGAAGAACAUCGUCGCCCUGCUGCUCAUUGGCUGGAUCGGGGGCAUCGGGUAUCUGGUGAUGGUCAGCCAGCACGAGGACGGGUAUCGCAACAAAUUGAUGGACGGCUGGGACGACCGGGGCGGCAAGGCGAAUCUGGCGCGGUUGCGCGCGCGGGGCGCUGAAGAGGAGGCGGCGGAUAGCCGAGUGCAGCACCCCGACGUGGCGGCAGUGGUGGUGCCGGUGAAGCUGGACAACGCCGUCAUCCACCCCAAACCCCAGCCCCCGCAAACGUGGCAGCAAUUCGACUCGGCCGCCUAUUUGAGUCGCGGCGCGCUGAAGCCGGGCGAGGACAAGUACGCGGCCAACAAGUUCAACCAGCAAGCCGCCGACGCCGCCCGAAUCGAUCGCCCGAUCACGGACAGUCGGGAGGGAAGUUGUCGACAAGUACAGUACGAUGUCGACAGUCUCGAACCAACCGCCAUCAUCAUCACAUUCCACAACGAGGCACGGUCGACGCUGCUCAGGACGGUGGUAACGGCGCUGCUCCGUUCCCCCGCCCACCUCAUCAAGGAGAUCAUCCUCGUCGACGAUUUCUCGGCUGAUGAAAACAUUGGGAAAGAGAUUGCCCAAAUCGACAAGGUGACGGUGAUCAGGAACACGAUUCGAGAGGGACUCAUCAGAUCCCGGGUCAAGGGAGCCGCCCUGGCCACAGCACCAAUACUGACGUUCCUCGAUUCACACUGCGAAUGCAACACCCAAUGGCUUGAGCCCCUCCUCAACAGGAUCAAGGAGAACCCAAAAGCCGUGGUGGCUCCGGUGAUCGACGUCAUCAACAUGGACACGUUCAACUACGUCUCCGCGUCGGCCGACCUGCGUGGAGCAUUCGACUGGAACCUGGUGUUCAAGUGGGAGUUCCUGACCGGCAAGCUCAAGGAGCAACGCCACGCCCAUCCCACAGCACCCAUCAAGAGCCCCGCGAUGGCCGGCGGCCUGUUCACAAUUCGGAAGGACUGGUUCGAGCAGCUCGGCACCUACGAUAUGGAUAUGGACGUGUGGGGAGGCGAGAAUUUGGAAAUGUCGUUCCGCGUGUGGCAGUGCGGCGGUUCGCUGGAGAUUCUGCCGUGUUCCCGGGUUGGCCACGUCUUCCGCAAGCAACACCCAUACACAUUCCCCGGCGGAUCCGGAAAUGUUUUCCAGAAAAACACUCGUCGUGCAGCGGAAGUGUGGCUGGACGACUACAAGCAGCUCUACCUCAAGCAGGUCCCCUCCGCCCGCUACGUCAAAUACGGAGACAUCACUGCCCGGCUGGCCCUCCGCGAGAAGCUGCAGUGCAAAUCGUUCGACUGGUACCUCAAGGAGGUCUACCCCGAGUUGAAGGUGCCGAACCGGAACAACGGGCAGCUCUACUUCCUCAAGAACCAGGGACAGUGUCUCGACGCGAUGAGCAAGCCAAUCGGGGAGCCGAUCGGCGUGUACGCGUGCCACGGCACCGGCGGCAAUCAGGAAUGGGAAUUCAACCCGGACAACGGCCACCUGCGGGCGACAAUCUCGAAGCUGUGCCUGAACGUUGACGCGGAGAAACGGGUGGUGACGCAGACAUGCACAGAGAAGAUGGAGAGAUGGCUGAUGUUGGAGAAGAGCGGAUGGCUAUUCCAGAAUGGACAAUGUCUCGCCAUCACCCGCAAUGACGCCCCCUCUGUACCCGGCGAAUCACACAAGCUAAUCGUCGCGCCGUGCGUCGACUCGGACGGGGACCAGAAGUGGAUCUUCGAACGGGCGCCCGGCUUCAAC